CGAAUUCAACUGUCAGUCACUCAGGAGUGGCUGUAACGUGAGAAGCAUGGCGCUACUCCGUGUGUUUUUAAGCCCCGGUUUUUCACAUUUUUGACACGUUCACAAAAUGCAUUUGCGCUAACGAUAUCUUUUAGUGUAAUUUAAUCAACCACGAACGUCUAUUUAUAUUUAGUUUUACACGGAAAGGAUAAACUUCAUUACUGCAAACAAGCUUGUGCCAGAGAAAAUGCUUCCACUUUCGCACAAAGAUUCAAAGAAUCUUGGCAGCAGAAUAAAGGAGCAGCUGUUGGGAUGGAAACGUCUAAUAUUCUCUGACAAAAAUACCAGGAAUUUAUUUUUGUUUCUUUUAUUAAAUUUAUCCUUUGCCUGCAUAGAAUUGUUGUAUGGAAUAUGGACGAACAGUUUGGGUUUAAUAUCAGAUAGUUUUCACAUGUUCUUUGAUUGUACUGGUUUAUUAUUCGGUUUGGCUGCAUCGGUUAUAACGAAAUGGAGGGCAAAUGAAAGAUACUCCUACGGCUAUGUCAGAGCAGAAGUUUUGGGAGGAUUUGUCAAUGCCCUGCUUCUAUUCUUUAUUGCUCUGUUCAUCAUGUCGGAAGCUGUGGAAAGAUCUAUUGAGCCUCCAGAGAUAAAACACGAAAGACUUUUGGUCGUGUCCAUUAUGGGAUUAAUAGUUAAUUUAGUAGGAAUGUAUGUGUUUCGUCAUGGACAUGGACAUGGCCAUGGAAUGGGACAUGGUCAUUCCCAUUCUCAUUCUCAUGGAAGUCACGCGCAUUCUCACUUGAACCACAGCGACGGCCAUGAUCAUCAUGAUAUUGAAAUUGAUCCAUCUUUCAGUGGUACAAAUUCUCAGAUCAUGAAGGGAGUUUUUUUGCAUAUUUUAGCAGAUACUCUUGGAUCUGUAGGUGUAAUUAUAUCAGCAGUGCUGAUGCGUUUGUUCGGUUGGUUUAUAGCUGAUCCAAUUUGUUCUAUGCUGAUCUCAGUAUUGAUAGUUCUAAGUGUGCUGUCUUUGAUGAAAGACUCAUGGGAGAUAUUGAUGCAAAGACAACCAGCUGCGUUGGAUCAUAUUCUGCCACAAUGUUACAAUAAAGUGACACAAUUGGCUGGGGUAUAUAGUGUGCAAGAACCACAUUUCUGGACCCUGUGCUCAGAUGUGUACGUCGGUUGUUUGAAAUUGGAAGUUGCUAGAACAGUAGAGCCUAAGUACGUCGUAGCACACACUCAAAUGAUUUUCCAAGCAGCUGGAGUAAGGCAUUUAACUGUUCAGUUGGAUUACGCACCUAUGUGAUCUAUGAAAAGUACGCAUGUCAUAAAGUGUUCUUAUAAGUGCUCCAAGACUAUACUGAUUUGUGGAGUUUGUCAAAAGCAAGCAAGAAAUAUUGCACUUGUGCAAAAUAUUCUUGCCAUUUUAAAAUUGUGCAGAUACCUUAUUCUAAGCAACAGUGAAUAUCACCUUGGUUUACAGAUUAUCUAGAAGAUUUAUCCAAGUUGAAAGAAAAGAGGAAAGAGCUAUAAAAGCUUGCUAUACAAGAUAUUUCGCCAAUUUCGUCAAGUUAAUGCAUUUUGUGAUUUGAAUUUAUCGCGAAUGAAAAUCAUCGAUUUCAUUUCCUCCUAAUUCUAUUGUAAAUACAAAUAUUUGUUCAUCUGUAGGUACCUUCCAUAAAGUUAUAGGUUACCUUUGUUUACAAGAACUUUGUACAAUUUGUCGGCCAAGGGUCGCACAUAAUGUUUUAUAUUAUCUAUUGAAGUUUUUAUAUAAAAAUGCAUUUAAAUGUAUUUUGAAAGAUCGAAGGUGCAGUGGAUUACAUCUUUUUAGCUUUACAAGGCUAAUUUGAGCCUAUAAAAAUGUUUUUACUACUGUCGCCUUUGCUACCGCAUUGAUUUAUAAUACAAUUCGACUAAAUUACUGAUUCGAUUAUCAUGGUCAAUUGUGCAUAAGAUAAAAAAAGGUCAUAUUCGCACAUGAACAGUGGCCAUAAUCAUAUGCAGACAGCUGUAGACAGCUAGUCACUAUUAUAGAAAAUGUGAAAUAUAUGUUAUAUAUAAAUACAACUUUAAAAAAGUGUAAUAUAAAUCAGUAAUUUUAUGUUUAAACAAAGUUGUGCUUUCCUUAUAAUUUACCAUACUUUUGAUGUACUGUCCGCGUUAAGUAGAUUCAUCUCAUUGGCAAUAAACGCUUAACGCGCUGAAGAUAAACCUGUCAUGGCAAUAUACGAGUACAUAUUUGUAUUAAUGAAUCAUCCUUUGUAUUAAUGAAUCCAAUCGAUAAAUUGCAAGUAAUAUGAAAAUACUUGUAAUCGUGAAUUAUGGAGUUUCUUUAAACGACAAUGAAACUUUCUUCGCAUCGUUUCAUUUAAUUGCACAUGGACGAAAUAAAACAUGAGACAAUGUCAUCAUUUCGAAAGCAUGAUCUUUUACAUUUACAUUUAUAUGCCGCUUCAUGUGCACGCAAAGAGUCAACCAUUUGUUCAUCGUUUUUCUUAGUGUUGCAACACAUUCUCCGAAAAGUGACAUUAUCAAAUUAGAAUUAACGGCAGAUUUGUAAGCAUAAAUUGUAAGCAUGACCAGGAACAUUCCAUUGUAGUCGAAGUAUAUUAUUUGUAUACUUGAGAUUGUGAUGAUGUAAGCCAAAAUAUAAGUAUCGAUAGGACGGAAUGAAACGUCGGUAGAAAUUAUACAGAAUAUUUAGUAAUAACGUAGAGAAGAAUUUUUUCUAUCGAGUUUCUGUACCACUGUACACUGAAACGACCGAAUUAUUUGCAGUCCUAUUCGAUGAGAUUACUUCUACGAAGAGCUAUGUAUGUAUGUAAUUUCCCAGAUGAAAGUCGACAUUGUUACGUUUUAUUAACACGAUUGUAUAAACGAGAAAUCUGGAAGAGUACAUCUCCGAUAUCGGCAGCGUGUAAAUAAUAAAGAGAACCACUUAUAACAA